CGACUGAUCACACAAGGAUAUUUUUAAUAGAUUUAUAAGUCAGUUUAAAUGCAACACAACUAUAGCAUAGUAUACCAGCUAGAGAGAGAUGUCGAUGAAAGGCGGUUUAGUUGCUUUUAUGUUAUACUUUACACUUCCGCUCCUGGUCUAUGCUUACUUGAGUGGUGUUACUCUUGAUCUAACGAAUCUUGAUGUCAAAGAACUUUUAAUCGACGGAAUUCCACAAAUCGUUUUAUGUAUGAUUAUCCUGACUGUUCCUGCUACAUGUUUUACACAGAUUCAAGCGAAAAAGCUCGAUCAUAACAAAUUGAGUAAAGCGGACCUUUGGACGCUGUUGUUCCUUUCCUCUGGGCUCAUUCUCCUCACAGUCCUCUGUGGAUAUGAGAGUAUAAGUGCACCGAGUUUAGUCACCACUACCGAGUACAGAAUUUCAAUCAUGAUAUCGUUCUCAUUUUUUCCACUACAGCUACUGUUUCUAGAGAAGAAAGCUGACCAAACUAGGGCCAAGCGAGGGGACCAAGGUCUGUUGCCAUUUUGCCCAGCCAUAGUGGAUCUCUACGAUGGCAAUGACAUGCUCAUCACAAAGUUGCAUUCAACAAACCCGGUGUGGGUACAAGUUGCGAUUUGUUUGGCUGUUAUAACGUUCUUCAUUCCUUCUUUGUGGGAAAUAUAUUAUCGCAGAUAUCCUGAACUAACAGAAGGGUCUGGGUCAACCUUGUCAGAGCAAAGAGUUAGGCUUGCUCAAUGUGUUUCCAGUUGUAUGUUCCUCGCGCUUCGCGUAGUAUUGUUUGCAUACAACCCACAUGAAAUUGGUUUCGCUAUCAAGACUAUCAUUAGAGUGUACUGCCAUUACGAAACAUUGUCAUAUAUCCAGCAAGACCAGCAUAAAAAAAGACCAUGCAAUAGUCUAAUCUAGAUUGAGUCAAAACGAUUAUUUCUGAUUAUUUAUACGGAGUUCUGG